GCUGGACCAGCCGUGCAUUAAUAGAUUACACAGAGGAUUUGGGCUCGCCAACAGCGAGGGGAGCGCUGGCGGGAGGCAGCACGGGCAAGGCCAGGGUGGCUUGGUGAGCCAGCGGGUCGGACGCAGCCCCGCUCCCUGCUAACACCUUUUCCAGCCAAGAGCCCCCGGCUGCCGCCAUGGACGAGUGGGACCUCCCGCAGUGGAAGAAGGAGGUGGAAAGCCUGAAGUACCAGCUGGCCUACAAGCGGGAGAUGUCCUCCAAGACAAUACCCGAGUUUGUGAAGUGGAUCGAGGACGGCAUUCCAGAAGACCCCUUCCUCAACCCGGAGCUGAUGAAAAACAACCCUUGGGUGGAGAAAGGCAAAUGCACCAUCCUGUGAGGGGUCGGCCCCCGCCGCGUGGGCUCCCGCCACCCCUCGCUGCCCCACACUGAAUGUACACUUUUUUAUUAGCUAGCUUCCUAAUAUGACUACCUGAACAAAAACCCUACCCUCACCUCGUCUUAUUAUUUUUAGUAGUAGAAGCGUUUCUUUUUUAUGGUGGGGAAUGGGGGAACCACAGGGUGGGGGCAGAGCGGAGGGACACGAGCAGCAAAGGUCGCUGCCGGGUUUCCAGUCACAGCCCUCCACUCACCUCUGCCACCACUACCAGCAAGCUGGCUGCUCUUUCAACUUGAAAAGGAAGAAAACACUUUUAUAAAACAUUUUCAGUAAUUUAAAAUAUUCUUUUGUAUAAUGUAGGAUAUAAUUUUGCAGCAAAACCAGGCAAAAUAUGACA